AAAAUUGGUAUAAAUGCAAGAUUUGAAGAAUCAUAAGUACGUUUCUUCUUGCACAAGUAGAUUGUCUUUUUUGUUGUUUAAUCUUUACUUUGAAAAAUCAUUUGAUAGGGAUGGCUAAAAGAUACUCUUUAGAGAGUCUUUUGGUAAAAUAGUUUAUCGGGUUAUUUAAUAGGGUGAUUAAACCAUCUAAUGCUAGUAUUUGGUAAAUUAGUUAGUUGAAACAACUUAUUAUUAUGAAUAAGUUGUUUUUGAACAAGUUGCUUCUAGUAGCGGUUUCAAAACCAGUCAAUCAAAUUAGUUCAUAAAAUAAGCUGAUCAAAUUAGUCACUCUAAUUAACAUAUGUUGUCACUAGUACUGACCAUUCUUGUGGAUUCGACCACAUAUUAACACUACACUAAUAACUAACGAGGAGAUAUUAGUAAAUAAUGUUGAUUUGUAAAGUUAAUAAAUCACCCAGGUAGGAUUUGAUAGGGUGGGACUUUUGUGAUUUUAAUUUACUUUUUUUUAUCUUGUUUAUUUUACUAUUAUUCUUUUUGUUUUUUGGUAAUUUACAAAUCACGAUGAUUGGUUAUAAAUUUUUAAAUAACUAACCCGUUGUAGUGAUAAGACGUGGUGGUUAUAGCUUGACCCUCCACAUUGGUGUUUAAUGACACUCGAAGUUGGAUCAAUAUGGGUACGUUAGGGAAAUGGUUCAAUAAUCAGCAAACCUACGGAGUAUUAUGAUUGGGCCUUUCAUGGGUCAAGGGUCCAUAACAGACUUUUGGGCGUGGUGGUCCCUCGUAGCCAGUGUCCCUACAUACUUCUCAAUAGACUAUUUAGACAAAGUAUUUUAUCUGUCUUUUUUAUUUUGUAUAAGUUGUAAGAUAUGAAAUUAGUGAAAAGGAAAUUAGAUUGGAGAUUGAGACAAAAGUAAGGGGAUGAUAAAAAUGAAUGAUUAAGACAAAGAUAGAGUAUAAUAAGUUUGUGAAUGAGAUUAAAAGAAGGAGAGUGAAACCAUUGCCAAAAAAGAAAAGAAAGCAAAAUCAUUAGGGCAAACUAAAAUGAAAAGAGAGAGUACAUGUGGGUGUUAUGCAGCUUGUCUUGUAUGAGAACGCCUCAUCAUGAGACGAGCCCAUAUAUGAGAGAAUCUAUACAAUAUGCUUAUUUCUCUAAUUCUUCUCUUUAAAAUUGCAAGUGAUCACUUUAAGGUUAUAAAUGACGCUUUAAGACUAUAAAAGUGAACACUUUAAGGUUAUAAGUGGUUACUUUAAAAUUAUAAGUGAUCAUUUUAUGACUGAAAAUGUAUAUUAGAUUAGUCCUAUAGAAAAAGUCUCACUGUGAUUUGAUUACUAGUUUUAUGUUCUAUGAUAGUUCUUGAAUAUAAUAAUGAAUUUUGAUAUUAGGAAAAAUUACUGUGAAUAAUAUAACUUUUUGUUAAUUUCUCUAUAAUAAUAUCAACUAUGAUUAAUCAUGAAUAAUACUAACUUAAAGGGGUGAUUUUCUAGAAAAUCCCUAACAUGUUAAAAAUCUAACUAUAGGUGAUUAUAAAACAAAAAAAAAAUUGGUAAAUUAGUUAAUAAACUUAAGUUGAUAUUAUUCUAGGAAAAUAUGUCCUAAGUUGGUAUCAUUCAUGGUUAAUCAAUAGUUAGUAUUAUUGUGAGAAUUAGCGAAAGGUCGUAUGAUUCACGAUAAUUUUUCCUUUAUAUUAUCAACUGUUCUUGGAGUCAGAGGAUGGUUGUUUUAUGGGCUUUUAUGAGCUAUGACUGCAAUUUAUGGUCGGAUUAUGGACUCGGACUUAAAUUUGAAUCGAUUAUUUUCUAUGAUUUAGUUGGAUUAUAUCAUAGUCAAAUUUGGAUUGCACUGUCAUCGGUCUCACAGUAUUUGCUACAAAUACAUAUAAUCGAAAUACCAAGAAAAGGAGAAACAAUUUUGUGGAUGAGUGAUAGAAAUAUGAGAUGUAAAGAUAAAUUAAAAAUAUAGAUUAAAAUUAAAAAAAGAAUAUAAGUUAUGGCCAAAAAUAAAAAUAUAAAAAAUCUUAGCUUAUAAAAUAUAGAUCAAAAUGGAAAAUGUGCAAAAUUCAUACAUAUAGGAAGUAGUCCAAUAUUACACUAAAUAACGAAAUAUAGUACAACUUCACAUACUCCUCUUCAUAUCCGCUCCAAUUCUCUUUAAUGUAGUCCUAAGGAGACAGAGAUACUUCGCAUUUUCAUGUUUAGGGUAACUGUGUAGUAGUCAAAUUUUAACUUUUUACACAAUUUAAUAUGUUAUUUUGAUAAUUUAUAUAUUGAACUAUAUACAUCUAAAAAUUAAAAAAUUAAUAUUAUGAAAGUAUGCGAUUAGACGAUUCAAACAAGAUCCCACUCAACUAUAUUUUUUCUUACAUAUUAGCCGCAAUAUAUAAUAUAAACUUGAACGAUAAAUAACAUCGUUAACCGUAAUGUAGUGAGUAUUUCAAAAUGAAGGUUCCAUAAGGUGCGGCUUAUAAUAAUUCUGUCUCAUAGCGAUAUUUGUGAAUAAAGUGUUGAUGUCGUGUAUGAUAGCAUGAACGGGCCACCCACCGGGCCAUCAUCCUAGCGUUGUUGUGAUUCAUAAUGAUCAUAUAGGAAUAGGGAUGCAGCAAUAGCCAAUAAUGGGCAUAUAAUUAACACACAUAUUUGUGUGAAAACAACUUAGCCGCGUGGGCGUGGAGUACCUUGUUUAAACCAUAACAUAACAUGUCUUUAAAUUCAAACUUUGUGUCAUAUCAUUCUCCCUUUGGUCGUACUCCAUAUUUACUGCUCCUAAAAUAGUUCUUAUAUUAGAUUUACUGUUACUAUUUAUCUUUUAAGUUUAUUUUAUAUAUUGCGGUUAAUAUAUAAGAAAAAACAUAGUCAAAUGAAACCUUGUUUAAAUUGUAUAAUACUUUCAUAAUAUCAAAUUUUUAUAAUUUUUAGUUAAUCAUAGUUUAAGAUAUAAAUGAUUAAAAUUACACGUUGGAUUACGUAAAAAGUGAAAUGUAGUAAGUAUAAUGGAAUGGAGAAAGUAUACACUAAGGAUAAAUUUGAACAAAUUAAGAAAAAUAAUAAAAGUGAAAUAAUAAAUGUGAUUUAUAGAGAAAUGAAAAAAAAAAGUGUAAAUGAAAUGAAAUUUAUGUGUGGAUGAAAAUUAACGAAAUAAUAUAUUUUCUCUGUUCCUUAAAGUUGUUCUCAUUUGCAUUUUAAGUUGUUUUAUUUCUUAUUCUUAUAAGAAAUCUUUCUAUUUAUAUUACAACUUUUGGACAUAAUUAACCUUAUUCAUCCUCAUUUUAAUAUUUUAAUAAUGCUUAUGGUCUAUAUAUUUUCCACUAACUUCAUUUAACAUUUUCAUAUUGCUUAUGGUCUCCACAAUUUCUACUAACUUUAUCAAAAUAUUUUUUAAUAGUUAUGGUCUUUAUAUUUUUCUACGAACUUUAUUAUAAUAGGAGUAUUUUUUUUUUAAUAUUUAUGGUCCUUAUUUUUCCUCUAUUAAAUUUUAUUAUUGAAUAAAUUAAUAUAUCCAUUAUAUAAAAAUUCUUUUUAUUUUGAAUUUUCUUGAAGGUUCCUUGUGAGAAUAAUUUUAAGAAACAAAGUUUCUAAAAAAUUUUUAAAAAUUAAAUAAAUAUUAUACAACUAAUCAUAGCAAAAUUGAUAUAAUUGCCAUUUUUACCAAUAGAGUUCUUUAAUUACUCCUAUUGGUACUUCACUACGCUACUAGGAGUUAAUGAUAAAACCAUCAUUUCAGUAUUUCAGUUCUUUAGACAUAACAAACAUAUUACUUUUUGGCAUUGUUUGGUGGAGUAAAUAGUACUUUUCCUUUGUUCUUAUUUGGUGUUCUCAUUUCAAAGUAUAUGUUGGAGGUUUAAUAUCAAUCAAUGUAUUUCAUGGACAAUUAAAAAAAAUAAGAAAUUUAUAAUAAAAUUCUAUAUUAUCGGUCAAUUAAUAAGAUUUUACAUAAAUAUAUGUUAAUGUGUAGAUUUUUUUAAAAAUUAUGUACAAGUUUUUCUUCUUAAAGCUUGAUUAUAUUAAGGGUAAAUAUUUAAAGAAAAAAUAAAAGUCAAACUAUACAAAUAAAAGUAUAAGUGAAUUUAAAAGGGAAGAUGGAAGAUAAAUCAGUCCGUUUUGUAUGAGACUGUCUCACAGUGGGACGAUCUCAAAACAAGAAGCUCAUAAGUUAAAAUUUUUAUUGUUGAGCUAUUUGACCCAAAUAUAAAGCAUGUCUUACGGUGAAACCAUCUUAUAUAAGAAUUUGUGAAGAUAAAUAUAAUGGCAUGAGAAGAUGAACAAAAUGGAAGAUCAUCAACUUUAUUUUUGGGUGAGAAGGGAGGGAAGUAUUUGUCCUCCAUCCCAAUAGGAUAAAAAUAUUAUCCCAAAAAUAAAAGGACUAAUUUUUUUCUUUCUACUUUUCAAUCACUUUACAAUUAUUUCUUACAUUUAACAAUAAUAUUUUAAUUUUUUAGUCCAAAAACCUUAUUUUUUUAGUUUAACUUUUAUUUACCCUACAAAUAUUUAAUCUCUCCUCAUGAAAACAUCAAAUGAAAACAACUUUGUUUCUAGCUUUCACAAAUUCUUACUUGAGAUCGUCUUUAUAAAAGAUGCGGCUCAAAUUGGUCAGCUCAUUAUUCCAAAAAUAAAACAACUACCAAAAAAGCGCACAAUGUAUAAUGCUAUUUGGAGUUGGUGUUAUAACCUAUUAGAGUUGGUAAUAUAACCUAUUAAAGUUGGUACUAAUACCAACUUUAAUAGGUUAUAACACCAACUCCAAAUACCAACUUUAAUAGGUUAUGAUAACAACUUCAAUAGGUUAUAAUACCAACUCCAAAUAGGGUCAAACACACGCGUCAGUUUUUAGAUUUUUCCUUUUUUAAAAAAAAAUUAUUGGGCCUGAGCCUGAAGAGUCGACACUUUUGAUUUGUUCGGUGUUUUUUUUUGUUUAUAAUAGAGUCAAUCUUAAUACUCAUUAUCUUAUUUAUUUUAAUUGUUUUAUAUACUUUUUUCAAUUUAUUAAAUGCAUUUUAUAUCCUAAAGAGGGUCAUGAAACUUAAUAGGAGUAGCGGUAAAUUUUUUUUAAUGAGUGGGAUAAUAUUGAUUUUCACAAAUUUUUGGGAGAUACGGUCUCUUUGAGAGAGAAAUCGUCUCUAAUUGAACUGGUCCAUUAUAUAUUUUUUAAAAUUUUGUAAGGAAUUAAAAAUAAUGCAAGUAGACAUUUAAGUUAUUGAAAGUAGAUAUUAAGGAUACGGUAAGUAAGCAUUAAGAAUAAUGUAAGUAGACAUUAAGAAUAAGAUAAGUAGACACUAAUCUUUAAUGAGUUAGGCUUGAGAUACGUCUUUCAAAGAGACAGUCUCUCAAGAGACUAGCUGAUUGAUUUUUUAACCAUCAUAUGGUCCAAACCAAAGUAUCCUAAAAUGAGAAUAUAUUGAUAUGUUAUACUAGUAUAGUAAUUUGUGCAUUGCACAUAUUUAUUAGUAUGGACUAUAUAAAAAUAUAACAUUAAAGUAUAAUGUAAAUAUAUAUUAUUUUGAUUAAAUUUAUCGAAUGCAUGAUUUGUUAAAGCAAAAAUUAAAAAUAAUGUAUUUGAAAAUUCUUUAUCGAUGCAUCAAUUUCUCAUUCAAUUGAAUGUAUCAAAUUCUAGGUUAGACAUAUAGAAUUACUACAAUAAUUAUAUAAAUACUUUACCUAAUUCAGCUCAAAUUUUUAAAAAUUAUAUUUCUCAUUUAAUUAAUAUUAUGCACUAAAAUAAUUAUAUUUUUCAAGACCCCUUAACGAUGAUAUUUAUCAUUUUCUAAUAUUUUUAUUAGUACGUAUGUCAUGGUUAUUAAAAUCACGAUUCUAAUCUACGAUUUUACGAUUUUAUGAUCCAACAAUAAACGAGCGAUUCGAAUCGUAGGUAAAAUCGUAACGAUUCUACGAUUUUACGAUUUGUUCUGCAAAUUUAUUCUUAAUUUUUUUAAAUUUUUCUCAUGUACCAAUUUUUCUUACAAGUUAACGAUCCGUUAUCUUAAUUAUUAAAAAGUAAAUUCCUUUAUCGAUAUGGAGAUAAAAACUAAUUAUUAAAUAUUUUUUUAAUUUCAUUCUUAAAAAUGAAGUGAAUGAAACUUUAAAUAAUAAACUUUAACUUUUAAGGUGAUAAAGAUAAUAAAUUUAAGUUUAUCGUAGAAUUUUCUACGAAUCGAUUCAACCAAUUUGAUUCUAUAGGUUUGAACGAUUCCAAAUAGAAUCCCAAUUUUAACAUCUUUGACGCAUGUAUAAUUUCACCUACUUAGUCUAUAUACGCACAACGCUAUAUUUGCUUCUUCAUUAGCUUCAUAGCUUGUACUAUUCGCUCUUCACUAUAGUACUUCUAACUUAGGAGUAUUUUCUAACUCUUAAUUACUAUAAUUCAGCAUAUAAAUAAAUAAAAUAACACAUUAGAUUGUAUAAAAAAUCAAAUAUAACAAGUAUAAUAAAAUGGAGGAAGUAUAUUCUAAGUCUAAGAAUGAUGCACGAUAUACAUACAAUCAAUUUUGUAUAAAAUUUUUCCCCAUAAGAUAAGUCUAUAUAAUUACCGGUUAUUCUAUUUUAUAGAUUCAUCUAUACAAUUACAAGCAAUUGGUUUAAAACUCUAAAUCAUAUACUAUCAUAUACUCUAAUUAUAUAUCAUAUACAGAAUGCUAAAAGUCAACAAAAUUUACCCACAUUUAAAAAACAUUUGUCUUACUUACAGACACACAUCAUAAAUACCCUCUCACCCUUAAGUCCCAACUACCAUUUCCCUUGUUCUUUUCUCUUUUUCUCUCUCUAGUCUGCCCUCUGCUUUCUCUCUCUAUAUCACAAACAACCAAAAUCCCAACAUCAAAUAACAUUCAAUCGUUCAUUUAUAUCCAUCCCUGCAUGAAUCAAAUUCAAAAUCAAUAUCAAGAUCAAAAUCCGCCAUUAAUCCAUCUCUACCAAGAACAACAAUAUAAUGCUACAACAAUUCCCUAAAUAUUCAUCAUCCGACGACACAGAAUCAACCAGUAACAGUUCAUAUUCAAAUUCAAUGACGUAUUCCAGUUACGAACUCCAAUCGCCAGAAAACUUCUCCCUCUUAAAACCACACAGAUCUUCCGAUUCAGCUUUUGAAUCCAUUAUUUCCGCCUCUAACGCCGUUAACAAUCGUCCGUUAAGUUUAACUGAUUUCAAAUUGAUUAAACGGAUCGGCGCCGGCGAUAUUAGUACGGUGUAUUUGUGUCGGCUUAAAUGCGAUGAGUCGUGUGAGUACGCCAUGAAAGUAGUGGAUCGAGAAGCUCUGGCGGUUAAGAAAAAGACGCACAGGGCUGAAAUGGAGAAAAAGAUACUUAAAUUGCUUGAUCAUCCAUUUUUGCCAAGUUUGUAUACGCAUUUUGAUGCUUCGCAGUUUUCUUGUAUUGUUAUGGAGUAUUGUUCUAAUGGUGACUUGCAUUCACUUCGUCAUAAUUUACCUUCUAGAAGAUUUUCUCUCUCCUCCGCCAGGUUUUACGCUGCAGAAGUAUUGGUUGCUUUGGAAUAUCUCCACAUGCUAGGUAUCAUCUACAGAGAUUUAAAGCCUGAAAACGUUUUAGUUAGAUCAGACGGUCAUAUCAUGCUCUCUGAUUUCGACCUCUCCUUAUGUUCUGAUUCAAUCCCAGCCGUCCAUUCUCCUCAUUUUUCAUCCCCUACAACGACUCCUCCUUUACAUAAUAAUAAUAAUAAUAAUAAUAAUCUCAACAAAACCAAAAAUAGAAAAACUCCAUUAUCAAAUUGCCUCCCUUAUAACCGUCUUUUCCGGUCUAAAAAAAUACAAACACUAAUCGGUUCAGGUAGCCGGUUAUUCGUUGCUGAACCGGUGACUGCUAGAUCAUGUUCUUUUGUUGGGACCCACGAGUAUAUCGCUCCUGAAGUAGCUUCUGGAAACUCCCAUGGAAAUGCUGUUGAUUGGUGGGCAUUUGGGAUAUUCAUGUACGAGAUGAUUUAUGGAAGGACUCCAUUUGCGGGUGCAUCUAAUACUGCUACACUGCGAAACAUCUUAAAGAAACCCUUGACAUUCCCUACACAUACACCUUCAACCACGUGCGAAGCACACGCUCGGGAUCUCAUUUCACAGUUACUAAAAAAAGACCCGGCAAUACGUCUCGGGUCAAGUCGUGGAGCUGCAGAUGUUAAGACCCACCCUUUUUUUAAAGGGUUGAAUUUCGCGCUUGUGAGGUCAUUGACGCCGCCUACGACGUCGUUUAAGGAAUCAUCAAGGCAGGAAUCAGCGGUUUAUGAUUAUUUUUAAAGCAAGGGGUAAGAUUGUCGCCACGUGGCGAUGUCGGUCCCGCUGUCCAAGGGGACAGUGACAGUUUGGUGGGGACAGUUUUAUAUUCGAGCUGUCUAUUUUAAUGGAGGAGAGAGAAUUAAAAAAUUCAAGUUCUCAUCUUCAUUUUAUUUAUCUUUUAUUUUUGGAAUUAAAAAAUGGUAAUUAAAUGGAGUUGGAGCCUUGUAGGGUUAUUAGUAAGGAGUAAUUAAGAAUUAAGAUGUACUAAGUAUAGUCCGACGUCAGGCAUUACGUGAUGACGUGAGUACGUAAUUAAUUAAAGUAGAUUACCAUCAUGAUUUUCUGGUAAUAGUUUUAGGGUCUAGGAAUUAAUUAGUGUAGGUCGAAAUAGGAAGACAUUUUUGCACCUUUGAUUUACAAUCUGUACUCCCUCUCUUUCAUGGUGUUUAUUUCAAGGUGUUAGUUACG